GGUUAUAAUGAACUCAGAUUUGACAUGAAGUAUAAAGGUAAAGACUACUACGCUGUGUACAUAGGUUUUAAGGUAGAAAAUGAAACAUCAAAGUAUAAGAUGAACUACACGUCAUUCAGUGGUGGGAAUGUUAAAGACCAGUUUAGUGUUCACAACGGCAAGAAGUUUACAACCAUUGACUCUGAUAACGAUGAGUGGUCAGGUGGCAACUGUGCUGUAGACUGGAGUAGAGGUGGUUGGUGGUAUUAUAAUUGUCACAGGGUUAAUGUCAACGGUGAAUGGGCCAGUCGUGUUGAAUAUAAAGGAAUUCAUUGGUCUAGCAUUACAGCAUGGUCUGACUCUCUAGACUUUGUUGAGAUGAAACUUCGUCAAAUGUAA